AUGUCUUCUACUUCGGUUCCUAAAACAACCAAAUCGUGGACCGUCCAAGGUUCAGAUGGCUUCGAGAGCCUCAAGUUCAGCAAGGAUACGCCCAUUCCAGAAAUAUCGGAUUAUGAAGUCUUGGCAAGUACUAGUAAUUUUCAAACUGCCGAAAAUACCAGAAUGUACCCAUUUGCACAAAAGGAUGGGGUUGUACCUUGUUCUGAUGGAGCUGGAGAAGUCGUCGCUGUGGGCUCGAAAGUCAGCCGCUUUGAGAAAGGCGCUAAAGUUUUGACACUUUUCAACCAAGGCCAUCUAGGCGGUUCCCUUGACCCCUUGACAGUUACUUCUGGAGUAGGUGGUGUUGUUGAUGGUACUCUCAGACAAUAUGGCGCUUUCAACGAGAAUGGACUUGUUCACAUGCCACCGUCCCUCAACUGGCUGGAAGCUAGUACUCUCUCAUGUGCUGCUUUGACUGCUUGGAACAGUCUUUAUGGAUUGAAGCCACUGCAGCCAGGACAAGUGGUUCUUACUCAGGGCACAGGAGGUGUUAGUAUCUUCGCCCUGCAAUUUGCUAAAGCCGCUGGCGCUGUUGUUAUCUCGACAACGUCGUCCGCGAAGAAGGCGGAAACUUUGAAAAAGCUUGGAGCCGAUCACGUACUCAAUUACAAAGAUGAUCCAGAAUGGGGUGCCAAGGCCAAAGAUUUGACGCCUGGUAAAGAAGGCGUUGACCAUAUCCUUGAGGUAGGAGGGCCAACUACCAUGAAACAAAGUUUGGAUGCUAUCAAGAUCGACGGUGUGAUCUCCAUCAUUGGAUUCUUGGGUGGUGUCAAGAGUGAGAAGCAACCAAGCUUUUUGGAUGCUUUGAACCAUAUCUGCACUAUUAGAGGUGUGCUAGUUGGCAACAGAGUUCAAUUUGAGGAUAUGAACCGUGCCAUUGAGGGGAAUAAAAUCAAGCCGGUUGUCGAUGAAAAGGUGUUCACAUUGGAGGAAGCUAAAGAGGCGUACCAAUAUAUGUGGGACCAAAAGCAUUUUGGAAAAUUGACGAUCAAGAUAGAGUAG